AUGGCUGCGACGUCUCUCGUCGACGCGUUAAAGUCCGCCGCUCUUCGCAUUUUUGACUCCGCGUCUCCCGCCGUGCUGGCCAGUGCAGGGCUUUCCAAUCACACCAGCGACCCCAGCUCGUCCUGGUCCGCACCCGCCUCUCUCCAUCGCGCCACGUCAGCACUCUGGUCGUCUGCUAUCAACCGAACCGGUGCGGGAAACCCGGGUUCGUGCGCCGAAUGGGCCAGUGGAAACGGAUCGACCGCUUUUAAAAGCUCCCCGGGGUCCUUUCCCGCCGCUUGGUCCUUCGAUACCUCCUCCUACCCCUCCUUAACGUCGUCCCUUGCGCACGCUGCACGUUGCGGCUAUUCUCGUCGAGUCGCGGAGGCGCAGCAAGGCGGGAUCUUGGCGCCAUGGCAGAUCGCGGCUCUCGCCUGCGGUGUGGUUUUCCUCGUGCUCGCGCGCUCGCUCUCGCUCACCGUACGCUUGCGCCGAGUCCUGCAGCCGUUUGUAACGCGUAUGGUGGAGCGAGGCACGGCGACGGUCGUUAGCAUUCAGCGCUACCGGCGGCCAUGGCUGGACGCGUUCAUGUCGUUCAUGGCUAUGGCGGUCUCCGUGGAGUUUUACACCGCCUUUCUCCCCGUCCUCUUCUGGUCCGGCAGGCCGUAUCUCGCCUCGCUGGCGGUGUUGCUGCUCGCUCUCUGCACGUACGCAGGGAACGCGCUCAAGGACGUGGUGGCGGCGCCGCGGCCGCUCUCCCCGCCAGCGCAGCGGGUCACGGGGACGCACAUGGACGCGCAGAGCAGCUUCGAGUUCGGCCUGCCCUCCUCGCACACCAUCAACACCAUCGCACUCUCCCUCUAUCUGCUGCUCUUCCUGUACCUGAGGGAAGGCAUGAGCGUCUCUGCGCUGCUCCCCCUGGCCACAGUCGCGCUGGUUGUGGUGGUUAUUGUCGUCGCUGGCCGCCUGUACCUGGGCAUGCAUUCGCCCAUCGACCUGGCAGCGGGCAUGGCCAUAGGAGUGGCCAUGCCGCUGCUGCUGCUGUGUGUCGACAUGCACAUCCUGCACUUCUGGAUACAUGGGCCCAACGUGCUGCUCUUCCACGCCUGCCUGGCGGUGCUGCAGCUGUUCGCCUACCCCACGCCCCCCCGCCCCACGCCCAGCUACGAGGACCACAAUGCCUUCACCGGUGUCAUUCUCGGCCUCGUCUCAAGCUACCAUCUGAGCCUCCCUGGUCUGGGUCCGCACUACCUCGCACUGCCCCUUCCCGGCGACUCCCUCUCUCUCUCCUCCGCCAUCACCAUCGCCGCGAGAGCCCUCAUAGGCCUGCCUCUCGCGCUGCUUAUGAAGGAAAUCGGCAGCGCUACAGCCAAGCAGGUGCUGCCGCUGCUCUGCCGCACCCUCGGAAUUCCUGUGUUCUCCACGCGAUAUGUUAAGGGUCUGCGCCGGGUGGGUGGCAGCAUGCAUAGGGUGGGGAGUGCACCUGGUGGCAUUACGGGCAUGCGCAAGGUUGGGAGUGUGUGUGGGCUUGGUGGUGAGGGGAGGGGUGGGGAGGCGGAGGGGAAGGGGCCUGCUAUGGGGAGCUGUGGGGGGGGGGUGUUCUGUCAGGAGUUUGACGAGGAUGAGGUCUCGGCUAAGGUUCUAUCCAACGGCUGCUGCUGUCACUCUUAA